CGAGCACAACCAUUUUAACAAUCUGAUAAGUACUUGUUUUGUUUUCUUCUUUCUUAUAUUUAAAUUAUUUUCACCAGAGAGAGAGAGAGAGAGAACAUGCAUGUGUAUACCAAGAAGGACGAUGUGCGAAUUUCCGUUGGUGAUGAGCAACCAGAUGAGCAGACUUCGACUGAGACAGAUAAGAACUACAUGGAAAUUCGUGAUCAACAAGAGCAGCCUUCCACUCAGGAACCGAUCAUCAGUUCUAGGUCCUUCCCUGCUUCGAAUAAGAUGAUGAGUGAUGGUGAUAGAGAUCUGAUAAAUGGCAUAAAAAAAGCCGAAAAGGCUGAAGCUGCUGGAAAUGAUGAUGAGAGAUCACAGACCAAGAUACAAAAGGUUCCAGAAAGCAUCCUCAGAAAAGAGAUAUUUAAGAAUCAGUAUUGCAACCAGCCAAAGGCGAUUGCAAUCGGUCCUUAUUAUGCCAAGUGCUCGGAGUUGAAAAAGACCGAACUCAAGCGUAGAUUGGCAGCUAGAUUUAUUCGAAGUAGCGGCAAAACUGUGGAGAUUCUUCUCCCUGAAUUCAAGAAAAACUUCACUGCAGAUGAACUAAAGAAGCUCUUCAAAGAAAAGGUAAUUAAGGAUAAUAAUGAUCAAGGCAAAUUGAGCAGGAUGUUGUUUUUGGAUGGGUGUUCGGUGCUGCAGUUUAUUGAUAGUUACGUUAAAAAUGAGAUAAAAGAGUCUGAUGAUGAGAUUAUCAAUGGCAAAGCAGAUGAGAUUCGCCAUGAUUUGUUCUUGCUGGAAAACCAAAUUCCCUUUAAAGUACUGGUGAUAUUGAUGAGGUUGAGUGAGAAAGGGGUUGAGUUGGCAAUAAAUCUCUAUCGUUUUGUUUCUAUGAACACUAUGGCACCGGUGAUAUAUAGUUUGUCUCGGCUCGAUCAGAAAAGAAGCUCUUUACUACAGCAGAAGAAAGAGAAGAAACAACUCUUUGAAGGUAAUAAUAACACGCCUGUUCAUCUCCUUGACCUUCUCAGAUCAGAGCUCUUAUUUGACGAUGAUUGUUCUAAAGAGAGCAGUCUUGUUAAUGAUCGUGAAGAGGGUAGAGACUAUAAGUGUUCAUUUCGCAACGUUAAUGAUCUCAAGAGUGUUGGCAUAAAGAUGGUGCCUGAGUAUUCUAGGGGCCUGAGAUCAGUUUCUUUCUCAUCUCGAUUAUAUAUUUUCGGCCAACUUAAACUUCCACCGUUGAUUGUGGACGAGUCGACAAAACAAAAGUUGUUGAACUUGGUUGCCUAUGAAAUGUCUCCCGGUAAUCAUCAGAAAAACUACGCUGUGUCUUCAUAUUUGAGGUUGUUAGAUUCGCUCAUCGACAGUGAACAAGAUGUUAAGGACCUGAGAUCAGCACACAUACUUCGAAAUCUUCUUAGUAGUGACGAAGAAGUUGCUCGAUUGUUCAACAGCUUAGGCCGAAGCUUGGUGUCCCAUGAUGCUUAUUCGAGUGUGAAAAUGGAAAUACAGAAGUAUUAUGAGAUAAAGGUGGUUAAGUGGAAAGCUGAGUUGACUCAAGAAUAUUGCAGAAGUCCUUGGGCUAUCGUCGGUGUUUUGGCUAUACUAGCGGGACUUAUAUUAACAGGGAUUCAGACUUAUUACUCUGUCAAUCCUAAAAAGGGGCACUGAGCUACGUGGAUAUAUACAUUGGAGAAUUCUUUCCGGGGCUUUACUUUGAGCUUUACUGGUGAGACUCUUCAGUAUUCUUGACUUGUUAAUAGUUUUCGACAGGAUUUUUUUUUAUGAUUAUAUAUUGUAAUUGUUUAGAGCAUCAUGCAAAUUUUCAGAAAAUUUUGAAUAGUUUACAGUAUCGAAAACUAAGUUUAAAUAUGCUGCUUUCCACGUGCAUAAAAAAAUUAGUGACGCGUGCAACAUGUUCGAAACUAGUUUUUAGUAUUUUAGACUAU